CAUUUUGGCUCAAGCGACCGCAAGGUGCCGCCCCGUGCCCUCCUGCGCGCGAUGGCGAAGCCUAGAGGGGCUCUUCCUGCUGCGCUGAGCGGCGCCGACCUCGUGGAGGCGGCCGUUCGCGCGGCAAUCCUGGCGAAGGGCGCCAGGCGCACGGUGGCCGCUGUGGCUCGUGCGACAGCCGCGGCUGUGCUCUCGGCACGCGCUGCGCCGUCGCCGCCGCCUGCGGGCUCCGGUCGUGCCGAGGGCGCCUGCGCCGAGGUCCAGGUCAGGGACGACUCCGAGGACAAGGGCAAGGACAAGUACAUGGGCAAGGUCCUUCGGAGACGCCGCCGCCGCCAGCGUCUGGCGGAGGCGAAGCGUACGGCGGCUGCUGCGGCGGACGCCAUGGACGAGGACGUCAUCAACGAUGAGUGGGCUGAUGACCUGCGGUGCGACGCUGCUGGUCGUGAUGUUCCUCUCGCUGGUGAGCCUCGGGCCGCUGCGGUGGCGGCUGCCCCCCUGGCGCUGGCGGCGCCCGUGGAGGCGGUCGCGGCUCCUGUGGGGCUGGCGCUGACGGAGAUGUCGGAGGACGUCGCUGCGGCUUGCGUCCGCGCCGUCGCUGGGCGGCUCGACGCGGAGCCAGCGACGAUCGUGGAGGCGCUGGAGGCGGAGUUCCGCGCCAGCGGCAUCGACAUCGGCGCCUUGGCGGCAGGGUGUGGUGGCCGCCCGCCGCGGUAGCCACCCCUGCCGCCGUCGCUGGACGGCCCGGUGUUCGCGCUGGCCUUCGGCAUCCAUGGGUUCCUCUUCUGAGGGCCGCCCGCUGGACGGGCCCGUCGUCUCCCAGGGCGACCCCUGAGACCCCAGCUUGGCGCGGGGCUACUCGGCGGGCGUGUGGGAGGCGACGAGUCCGCCCAGCCGUGGACGACCCCGCCGUCUCCCUGGCGCCCCCUUCGGGGGGAGUCGGGGCGGCGUCGAGGCCGCCCACACCUCUGCGCUCAGUCUGUGCCUCAGACGCGGCGCUUGGCUCUGCUCUGCUCUGCUCUGCUCCUCCUCCUCCCUCCUCCCUCCUCCUCCUCCUCCUCCUCCUCCUGCUCCUCCUGCUCCUC